CUCUUCCAUUUCUCUUGGCUAUUGCUUUUCUCCUCCUCUCUUAUCACCUCAAAAACAUCGCAUUCUUUUGGGUUUGUAGUUUACAGCUUUGCUUCUCGCUUGGCUCGUAACAAAACCUCACCAAGUCUGAGGCUCGUCGCUGGAACCCCACCUUGUUUGAAGUGUGACGACAUACCCUUUUGCAACUCUUUGUCGCAACCCAACAGCCUGUUGAAUUGAGUUGGCGCCUUUAAAAGUGCACCAAAACCAGCAUCGGUAUAUACACAUCCACAGAAAACAGCACUUUAUUACACCAAAAUGUCCCGUGUAAGGGCUACUGAGUUCGAGGAGAGGGAUUACUACCCUGCUCCUCGACGUUCAGCUCCGGAGGGGCUUGAUGAAGUCGACUAUCGUCGUCGCACCGUUACCAUCAGCCCUCCCCCGCGAGAGGAAUCUCGAACACCCGCCUUUUUGCGAGAAGAUACUCGCCGAACAGAAGCUGGUCCCAUGGUCUUGCGCCAGCGUCAAGUAGAGACCAUCGACCGACACCGACCCAGAAGUCCCAGCCCAGUUCGCGUUCGAGAGGAACGCAUCAUUCGAAGACCCCGCAGCAUUUCACCCAGCAGCCAUCACUCGCACGACCAUGAGCAUGAGCGUUCUCGCACCAGAGUUUACGAGCGAGAGCGAGUCAGAGAACCCUCUCAACCACCUCCCAGGCGAGCUCCUUCGCCCGCCCGUGUUGUCAGAUACGUUGAGCGACCAAAGUCGCCUUCUCCUCCGCCUGCCCCUCCAGUUGAGGAGCGAGAGCGCAUUCGCACUCGCAUCAUUGAGCGCGAGAGGGCUCCUUCGCCCCCUCCGGUUCCCAAGCCUUCUCCUCCGCCUCCCCCGCCCCAGACUAUCCGCGGACCAACAAUCGAGCGAGAGGUUAUCACCCACUACCGGGAUAUCGACCAUGGCAUGAUCAAAGCUAGACCUCCUACUCCUCCUCCCCAGCCAAAGCCUCAGCCUCGUGCUCCUUCCCGAGUCCGAGAGCGUGAGACAGAUAUCGAUAUUUCUUUGUCAAAGAACAGAACUGAAGUAGAUGUUACUCGCACAUCGCGCACUCGUUCUCAAAGCCGAGAACGACGAUCCGACUACCGCGAUGACGAACUCGUGGUUCGACGCGAGUCCGAAACAACCCGGCGUCGAGCCCAUUCAGCUGCUCCUCUGCCGACACCCAGUGCUGUGGACGAAGAAGGCGACUAUCUUACCAGCAAGAUUGACUCUCGCGGCCGAAUGGGUGAAGCCUGGGGCGGUGCUACCAAGGACUGGACACUCGUUGAUGUCCCCCCAGGCACUGAGCGCAUCCGCAUGGAUGGAGUCGGCGGUGGAAGUACCGAGACAAACUGGACGAGGUACAGUGGUUCCAGGAAGAGCAAAUUCAUUCCUGAGAGGGAUGGCGCUCCUUCACCUGCUCCUGCGCCCAUGCCAAAGCCCAUUCUGAAGGACCCGUCACCCCCAGAUACUCGUGACCGUGUUAAUGUUUCCAUUUACGAUCGCGAGAGGGAAAUUGAUAUCGAAAGAACACGAGAAACGCGUUCCCGACCUGCACCUCCACCACCAAAGGAUAUGUGGACUGAGAUCACCAAGGACCUCGUUAUCCGUGAGGCUAUUGAGAGCUCUGGGUAUGAAUACGAAGAGACCAAGGAGUUCUACUACAUCAUGGACUAUCUUAAAUACGACGACGUUCUUCGCCUAGUUGACAUUUCCGAUGAGAUCCGACGAUCUCGAAAGCAGCGCGCGAGAGAACUGGAGUAUGAAAGAGAAUACCAAUUCGACUAUGAACGCGAUAGUCACCGACACAGCCACCCUCGCUGGGACGAGGUAACGGAACGUGAGACGUUUUAUGACACUCGCCCACCCCGAGGCUACCUGCGUUAAGUCUGCUUUUUUACUGGCGUUCUCAUUCAUGGUCACCUUUUGAAGGGCAGCAGAGGUUUUCUUUUUGGGUAAUGGAUACCUUUUUUUCCAAAGCAACUACAGACAUGUACUGGUGUCGUGAAUGAUGUUUCAUAUUGGGCAACUAUUGGUUGUACGAAUUUACGAAAUCAAUCAUAUACAGCGGAUGAAACGAUAUGAGUUUGUACGGUAUGGAAUGGAUGUAUGUAGAUGCUUGGUUGAAACGCAUAAUUACGACUUAUGACAAGAAAUAAAUAACGACAACUUUUUCAAUAAGCACAUUCAUAUUUUCC